AUGGGUUUGGCCGGGAAGCUGGAAUCGGUCAACAGUUUCAGCAGGAAGCAAUGCAGGAGCUUGUUCUGGAGAGUGAGAGCUGCGGUGAAGAAGGCUAUGAAGAACAGAUGGGGGAGCCAACACGGGAAGAAGAAAUUCCAGUAUGAUCCCUCGAGUUACGCUCUGAAUUUCGAUGACAGCUGCCGCCGGUUCUCCUCCUCCACAGCCGCCGCCAUCGGGAACAACAAUGUUGAUGGGAACAGCAUUUUUACCAUCUGGGUUUACGUCGUUUGGGUAGAAUCAUUCGGUUUCUAG